AUGAGACGCAUGUUCCCUGUUGUAAAGAUCAGUAUCACAGGACUGGACCCCACGGCCAUGUACUCUGUUCUCCUGGAGUUUGUACAAAUAGAACAACACAGGUGGAAAUACGUCAACGGUGAAUGGGUUCCUGGAGGUAAAGCGGAAGUGGCACCUCCCAAUCCCAUCUACAUCCAUCCCGAGUCACCCAAUUUUGGGGCUCACUGGAUGAAGGAGUCUGUGUCCUUUGCCAAAGUCAAGCUUACCAACAAAACAAACGGAAAUGGCCAAAUAAUGCUGAACUCCCUGCACAAAUAUGAGCCUCGAGUCCACAUCGUGAGGGUUGGCACAGACCAGCGUCGCGUCCUAACAUACCCUUUUCCAGAGACUCAGUUCAUUGCAGUCACAGCAUACCAAAAUGAGGAGGUGACGUCUUUGAAGAUUAAGUAUAAUCCUUUUGCAAAAGCAUUUCUGGAUGCUAAAGAGAGACCAGACUCCAACCUGUACAGCAGAGACUACCUCCCUCCCCAACAGCCUCAGUACCCUCAGUACAGCAGCACCUGGCUACUGCCCCAGCCAGCUGUUUACACUAGCAGCGAACGUCUGUGUCGCAAUCAACGCAGUGCUCCUUAUCCUCCCAGGUCCAGUGGUCGACCCUCCCCUCCCACCACACACAGUUUGGAGUUUACAAUACAGAGCCAGCGUGUUCGUCACCAGGACCUGUUUUUACCCCGAGUUACUCGUGGUCUAGUCAACCUUCCUUUGGUUGUGGAACAGUCAGUUGGUCUGCUUCCCACCACUCCCCCUCCCAUGCAGCCUUCCCCCUCCACGUCUCCACCCACCACCACUACCUGGCAUCCCUUCCCCUCCGAGCCUUACCCUCACUUCCAGCCUGAAUACAUUCCCCUGCAGCCUGAUUAUACUCACUUGGAGACUGUCACCGACACUGAGCGUGGGCCGGAGGUCGACAUCGAACGGUACCGUAGAGACUCCUGGAGCCAUCUGCCACCACCACCCACUCAUGCUUCCUUAUAG